CCGGAGGCCGUGGGGCGGAGGGUUCGGUCCCUGCUCUGCCCCGGAUCCGGGGCUGUGCCUCCGGGAGCCGCUUCCCCCGUGCUGCCGAGCGGGGCACAAGCCGGGGUGGGAAGGGGACCUGUGGCUUCGGUGUUCCCGGUGCUCACCGUGUUACCGGGAGCCUGAGGGGCUGCGGGUAGGCCCCGGCGUUGUGAAUGUGGGGCCGGUUGUGCCUGGCAGCCCUCGGCGGUGGGGACGGGGCCGGUUCUGGGUCUGACCCGCAGUAACGGGCCGGCUGUGGGGCGGUGCGGGCCGGUGGUGGCAGUCCCGGUCUCCUCAGGCCUCCCGGUGUCCGUGGGAUGCGCUGCCGGCCGCCCCGAGCAGUGCUUGCGCUCAUGGGGCUGCUCCUGGCCCGGACCAUGGCCUGGACGUCCAGUGGGAAGACGCACCCGGAGCUCGUCAAUAACCUCUACAAAAAAGGGAUAAUUAAAUCCCAGCGAGUAUUUGAUGUGCUGCUGGCUACAGACAGAGGUCACUACAUCAAGUAUUACCCAUACAUGGAUUCUCCUCAGUCUAUCGGAUACAAGGCUACAAUCAGUGCACCCCACAUGCAUGCCCAUGCACUGGAGCUGCUGAAGGAUCAGCUCGUGGAAGGUGCCAAAGCUCUGGAUGUUGGAUCUGGAAGCGGAUACCUCACAGCUUGCUUCGCCAGGAUGAUAGGCCCAACAGGCAAAGCUGUGGGCAUCGAGCAUAUUCAAGAGCUGGUACAUGAAUCCAUCAGGAACGUCCAGGAGGAUGAUCCGACUUUGCUCAGCUCUGGCCGUGUAAAGCUUGUGGUUGGUGAUGGCAGGCAGGGAUACCCUGAAGAAGCUCCUUAUGAUGCCAUUCAUGUUGGAGCAGCAGCUGCAACUGUACCAAAGGAGCUGCUGAAUGAGCUGAAGCCAGGCGGGCGGUUAAUCCUGCCCAUUGGUCCUGAGGGGGCAAACCAAGUCCUGAUGCAGUACGACAAGACCAGCGAUGGGCAGAUCAUUGAAACCCAGCUGAUGGGAGUGAUCUACGUCCCUCUCACAGAUAAGGAAAAGCAGUGGCCUCGGGAUGAACUGUGACAGACGAUGGAUGUCUCUGACGUGACCUCAGAGCUCACCAGUGGCACUCGGGACUGUAGGCGCUCCAGGUGUCAGUGUUUGUGGAGGCAGGUUUGAGGGGUGAAGGAAAGGGGUUCACCAGCGGCAGGACCAGGGCAGGCCCUCGGGGGCUGUCUGCUUCCAGCAGUGCAUUGGAUAACUGGGCUCUCCUCCCUGACAAGCUGUAAAUAACAUCUGUUCCCAGGGAAUUCUGGAUGCAGAAGGGAAUACUUAAACCUGCACUAAACAUACUGGUUAAUAUUGACUGCUCUGCCUAACGCUUGAAGAAAACAAGGCAUUAUUACUGCUUCAGAGCAGGGACAUCCCCUGACUUGUCCGAGUUUAAUGAAUGAGUUGUCAAAGCUUAACCAUGAUUGGUCAAAGGUUAA